AUGACGACCACGAAGUUCUCGCUCCUCAUCCCCCUGUGUCUAGCAGCCCUGGUGCUACUUGCGCAUGCCGAUUCGACUCCCACGAUCACCACCCAAGUGUACUUCGAUGUAGAAAUCGACGGUCAACCCGAGGGUCGCAUCGUCAUGGGUCUCUACGGCGAGGUCGUUCCUAAGACGGCAGAGAACUUUCGUGCCCUGUGCACGGGGGAGAAGGGCGUUGGCAAGAGCGGGAAACCCCUCCACUACAAGGGCAGCAUCUUCCACCGCAUCAUUCCCAAUUUCAUGGUGCAGGGUGGCGACUUUACUGACUUCAACGGCAGAGGGGGUGAGAGUAUUUACGGCACCAAGUUCAAUGACGAGAACUUUGACCUGAAACACGCAGGUAAAGGCACGCUCAGUAUGGCAAACUCGGGAGAAAACACCAACGGCAGCCAGUUUUUCAUCUGCACGGUCAAGACUUCAUGGCUGGACGGUCGCCAUGUCGUCUUUGGACGCGUCGUGCAGGGCAUGGAUGUGCUGAACGCCAUGGAAAAAGUGGGGACUCCAGGCGGUACCCCUUCGAAGGUGGUGACUAUUGUGGACAGCGGUGAGUUGGCCCCUGAGGCGUUUGUCGAGGCCGAGGAAGACUAG